AUGCCGGUCUUUGUUGACUGCAGCCCAUACGUGCUCAGCAAUCUCAGGUCUAUUGCUGACACCACCUCAGUACAGGCACCUUCCUCAACCUUCUCACACUCUGACCCUCCCUGGUGGGCUACUCCUAUCAGUCUCAUUCAGCCACCCUCUUCUCCAGCUCAGGGCCACGACGCCACCCCACCAGUGCCUGAUGGCAUUGCUGUCAGCCUCGGCUGCAUUUUUCAGGAGGGAAUCAGAAAUACAAAACUAAUACAGUUACCAGCUUCCUUUCGGCUGCCAGGUGACCUUUCCAUUGUUAGAAGUUAUCGAUCAUAUUUGGAUCUGGGGAUGAAAAGAGCAGGACGUUGGACACAAGUGUUUGAGACGCCCAAGGUGACUGAUUUUGGCUUAGCAGUGAAGAAGCAUGGUGAAAGUGAAGUCAUGCUACAGACCACAUGUGGGACUCCUAUGUAUAUGGCUCCUGAAGUAAUCAAUGCCCAUGACUAUAGCCAGCAGUGUGACAUUUGGAGCACAGGUGGCAUAGUGUACAACUGAUGCUCUGGAGAACCACCCUUUAUGGCAGGCUUAGAAGAGAAGCUUUUUGAGUUAAUAAGAAAGGGAGAACUACAUUUCGAUGAUCCAGUUUGGGAUUCCAUAAGUGAUUGUGCCAAAAGUGUUUUGAAACAACUUAGGAAAGUAGAUCCUGCUCACAGAAUCACAGCUAAAGAACUACUAGAUAACCAGUGGUUAACAGGCAAUACACUUUCUUCCGCAAGACCAACCAAUGUGUUAGAAAUGAUGAAAGAAUGGAAAAAUAAUCCAGGAAGUGAUAAGGAAAACACAACAGAGCAAAAGAACAAGUGUUCCAGUCAAGAAAAGUUGGAAGGUUGCCAGCUCAGCAGACCCAGCGGAACUGUCCAUGAUGUCAACAGCACUUCAGAUGAAGACGAGGAAAAAGAGCCCACUGCUUAUAAAAAGAAAUUUCCUGUGACCAGCAAGAAGGGAAAUAUGGACAACUUGGACACUAGCAGCUCAGCUUCCACAUCUAGCAAACUCUCAUCAGCUGGAAUCAAGGGAGAACUGGAGAAACCCUCUGUGACUUCAAGCCACAGAACAGCAACCAAAUACACUGCAAAAUCCUUUGCCCUGCCUAGAACCAAAAAGAAGUUCUAA